AUGACAUCAACGGGAGAGCGUGGGGCCACACUUUCUGACUACCGAUUCGAGGGCGCUAUAUUCCGAAGUUUCGUAAAUUGGCCAUUGACUCAUCCGCAACCCAGGUGUCUAGCUGCAGCUGGAUUUUAUUAUACCGGGGUGAUAGACAGCGUCAAAUGCUUCUUCUGCGGAGUAGAGAUAUGUAUUUGGGAAGAAGAAGAUAAUCCUAGAUCAGAGCAUCAACGUUGGCAAGGAAAUUGUCGGUUUAUUCGUAAUCUACCCAGUGGCAACAUACCACUGAACGAAGACGUUUUUCAUUUAAUACUACCUUCAGACGAGGUCACCGGAGUAAGACCCUCCUAUGAAGAAUCAGAGAUCAACUACACUUAUGCGAGUACAGCAAGACUGCACAGAACUGGUAUGACGCGACGUACGAACAUGGCGCAUUCAACUUAUUCUCACUAUCAAACAAGAUUGGAGUCAUUCAAGGACUGGUCCCCAUCAAUAAAGCAGACAAAAGAACAGCUAGCAGAAGCGGGAUUCUUCUAUACCGGUACAGGUGACCAAACGCUUUGUUAUCAUUGCGGAGGUGGACUAAAAGAUUGGGAACCAGAAGAUGAUCCUUGGAAACAACACGCCAAAUGGUUCAAAAGCUGUUUCUACGUUCGAUUUACGAAGGAGCAAUCAUUCAUAGACAGCGUCAUGGGGAAACUGACAUCAGCACCAGUUCAAAAUGAGAUAACCGAAAUAGAGCUGCCACCCUGUUUAACCCUAGAAGGAAAUCGCGACGCUCGGACUUGCAAGAUUUGCUACGAAGAAGAACUGGGAAUCAUUUUCUUUCCCUGUGGGCAUGUCGUGGCAUGCAUUAAAUGCACCCCUGCAAUAACAACAUGUGUAGUAUGUCGAGGGCCAAUCAUCUUGACUGCCCGCGCUAUUCUGGCAUAA